CGCGCCCUUCCCCUCACUCGUGUGCGAGGCGUGGCGAGGAGGGGUUCGGCCGAUCCUGUGUGCGUUGUCAGGGACCCGUGCGCUCGAAAAAAAAAGAAAAAAAGAAGAAAAAAAGAAAGAGAGGGAGAGAAAAGAGCCUUGUGGACUUGGCGGCGGGAAAAAAAAAGUGGCAGAUCAAGCGCUUUUUAAACUAAAGGAAUAAAAGUGUUUAAAAAAAAGAUAAUAAUAAUAACAAAGUUAAUAACGUAAAAAAAAAUAUAUAUAUAAUAUCAUAAACACUGGAACUUCCUUUUUUUUCUUUCUUGGAAACUACAUAAAAAAAAGAGAAUAUACGCUCGAAUAAAGAUUUUUUUUUAUGGUUUGUUCGUUGAGGAGGAAGCACACCCACCUGGAGCGACGAGAAGACGCGAGACCCACACACACAAGAAGCCAGGUCAUUCGAGGUCAGCAGGAUGUCGGAACGCAGGAGCGAAGAGAACGGGGAGAGGAGGAAGGAGAGAACAGGAUCCAAGAAGGACUGGCUCGCUGCGGGAGGUAUAGGGAUAGAAAAGAGACGCCGUUCGUCCGCGGCCUCCUACAGGAUAGAGAAUAAUAAGGUGCUGAUCGAGAACGAGGACGGCGAGAUCCAAGAAUUCGAGAUCCUGGCCAGCAAAGACAAGCACGGGACCCUCAGGAAGGCCGUUCCGACCCUCCCCGUCGCCCUGGCUAUCUGCUGCCUCGUCCUUAACAUGAUCCCCGGUCUUGGAACAAUGGUGUCUGGGUUUGCCGUGCUGUGCGGGUACCCGACCGAACACUCGAGCAAGGGCGCCGGGGUUUUCUACAACAUGCUGGUGGCGCUGCUGCAGUUGAUUCUGGCCCCGAUCAUCGUCGGCUGGAUCUGGUCCAUUCAGAGAGGGAUCAUCAUUGUGCAGGAGUCAAUGAACCAGAAGAUCGAGCAGAGAGAGAGGAGAAUGAGUCAAGAGGUCACGGCGUAGAAAGCGAAGACAUCGUAACGAGAAUCGCCGAGAGAUGUCACUCUCACACACACACACACACACACACACACACACACACACACACACACACACACACACACACACACACACACACACACACAAAAUUAUAUGAGCCUUUUAAUAGGUUUGGAUAUUUUUUUUUUCUGGACACAAGAUUCGCAAUCGACACUCUUAGGAAAACGAGAUGAAUAGUAUAUGUUUUGUCUUACGAUUUCAAAAUUGAAACAUUUGAAAUAAUUGUGCGUGUGUGUGUGUGUGUGUGUGUGUGUGUGUGUGUGUGUGUGUGUGUGUGUGUGUGUGUGUGUGUGUGUGUGUGUCUGUGUGUGAUUUCGGUUCUUAGAGAUAAAUGUACUGUACGAAAUUCUAUAAGAUUGUUUUCAUCUUCAAAAUCGUAACAAAGGAAAAUAUACUUAACAUUAUGGACUAAAACCAAAUAUUUUUUUUCGUAGAAAUGUGUAGAUCACGUCUUGCUUAUCAGAAACUCCAUGAAUCUCAUUUGCAUAUAUUAUUUUCUCAUAAAAAUACCCUUUCCUUAGCUUCCCCAUUACUAAUAAAUGUUAUAUAACGUGAACAUUUAAACGAAUUGGAACUUAAGGCUUAUAUAAUUAUCUCAAGAACACUUUAGUUACGAGACUGACAGAACGAAAGGGAAAUGUUUUUACAUAAGUAUAAGAAUUCUUUGCUUUUGCGAAACUUGGUCAGGUAAUCUUCAUCAUUAUCCUCAAUAUGAAGCUAUGAUAUUGAAGACGUGAUGCUAAUUUUCGAUUGAAUAUACACAAAAUUGAUAUUUUUUUCCAUAGAACAGCAAAAGUGAAUCAUGCCACAGGACAAAUAUUCAAAUUAAUUAUUUUAUUUCUUAUCAUAACUUAUCUUAAGAAUAAAACUUUUUUUUUUUUCCUGACACUAAAUAUACACCGGAUUAAAAUUUUCGCGUUUGUCAAUAUUUUGAUACUGACAAGUUAUCUCAAACCCCUCAAGAUCAUGGUAGCUUCAUGUCCCUUUUCUAAUAUCAUCGAAACCAUCAUUUCCAUCCCCCAGUGAAUCCUAAAAUAUGUAUUACUUUCCCUGUAUUCUCUCAUCUGCAUUAACCAUGUUAAGGACGUUCAUCAAAUUACUAACGUUUCACCUCGACCACGACACGUUUCAUUAUAAUACAUCCAUUACAUUCUCUAGUACAAGUAGCAAAUUAUCAUUAUUCUUUGAUAUCCUUGAUUUUGUCACCACAUAACAUCACGUCAAUAAGAAUGGAAAAGUUUCCCCUAAUAUCCCUUAUUAUCCCGUUUUCUAUUCGUCAUCCAUUUUUAGGAAUAAUAUUCAUAAUUUCAUUCUUCAAUGUAAAGAAAAAAUUUAUUACCUCAUGUUUACCUCCCUAAUAAUCCUGUUGUUCUUAAUCAUAUCUCUCUCAUAGACAUAUAUUACUCAUAGUAGGUGUAUUUUAGAGUGCGUAUUGAAAAAAAGUCCAUUUUCUCUGUUUUUUUUUAUGUAUAUCGCUUAAUUGAAAUAUAUCAUUGUGGGAAUGUUAUUGAAUAUUGUGUGUAUUGCUUUAUAUGUAAACUGUUUUGUAAAUGUGUAAUCGAUAAGUAUUUACUGGACCCUAUAUGUGAUGAUAUUGAAGCACAAAAGGAGUUGUGUAAGUG